AAUGGGAGCGUUACAUCUGCCAUUCUCUCCCUCAUAGUCAAACGGCAUAUACCAACCUAAAUAACAAUACACAUACGUCACUAUACACUAAGGGAAUUACAAAAUACACAAUAAAUCUAAAAAUGACCUAACUCAAUUUAUCAUGAAACAUACUUACGCUGUUUUAGCGCCGUGCUGUUCUGCGCGCGCAUCGCUCCCCUGAACAUUUCACGCAAGCGAGCGUCACUCCGCCAGUAGGGCCCGUGCUGGACGGACGUCGACGCGUCAUAGCUUCGCCGCGUUCGUCGUUCGAAUUUUGUAUUUAGAACUUUCAUUUAAAUAAGUGUUUUAAUUUUUUUUUAACAAAGUGCGUUCGUUGUGCCGUUUGGAUUUGGAAUUUCUCAAACUUUGUGUAUGGACCUAUGUUUUGAUCUGUAACAAUGAUGGGUGUCAGUUGUAUGAGCGUACGGCAGGCUAGGGGCGCUUGCCACUGCCCCGCGUGCCCUAGGGCUUCGCAUUUGCCCCCGCAGACGUUGGUGCUGCCUCCGAUGGCUUUGGAGCCCGAAACCACCCCCGUUAAGGACAAAAAGGGGGGCAAGAUGAAGGUGCUUAAGAAGAUUAAGAAGAAGAUUGGAUUGGCGCCCCGCACCUCCUGCACCGGCGGCGCCCCCAACAACCUGCCCCCGCUGGGCUUCCACAGCGUCCACGGAGAGAACAUCAGGAUAUCCAGGGAUGGUUCCGUGGCCAGAAGAGUCGAGAGUUUCUGCAAGGGCGUCGCGUUCAGCGCGAGGCCGGUCAGGGUUAAUGAGAAGGUCUGCGUUCGCUUCGUCGAGAUAUCCAACAGCUGGAGCGGUGUCAUCCGCUUCGGCUUCACCACCCACGACCCCACGACCCUGUCCCACUCGCUCCCCAAAUACGCCUGCCCCGACCUCACCAACAAACCCGGUAACUGGGCCAAGGCUCUAGGCGAGAGGUUCUGCGAGAAGGACAACAUCUUGUACUACUACGUGAACUCCGCCGGAGAUGUCCACUUCGGCGUCAACGGAGAGGAUAAAGGGCUUUUCUUCACAGGAGUAGAUACUCGCUCGCCGCUCUGGGCACUUGUAGAUGUAUACGGAAACUGUACAGCGGUUCAAUUCGCCGAUCCGAGAGUCCCGAAUCAAGUUAGAAGACCGAAUCAAAGUCCUGUAGAAGAAGACAGACUUAUAACUGGAAUGCGAUCGCUGUCUGUCGAAGAGCCGCUCCCGCAGCCUAGAUACCAGAAUCCGUUAGUGCCUCUAAGCCUGCACAGGACUAAAGGGAGGAACGUGCAGUUUAUUAACGACAGAGGAGUCGCAGCGAGGAUUGAGGCUGAGUUCUGCCAAGGAUAUGUUUUCACUGCGCGUCCUAUGCGUCCAGGGCAAACGAUCGUAGUCCAAAUCCUCUCUACAGAAACUGCCUACGCCGGCAGUUUAGCUAUCGGUCUGACCUCCUGCGACCCAGCGACGUUAAGACCUUGUGAUCUGCCUGAUGACGCUGAACAGCUCCUAGAUCGACCAGAGUAUUGGGUCGUGCGUAGAGACGCCGCCAACGGUUUACGCAGAGGCGAUGAGCUGGCUGUAACUUUAACGCUAGACGGCGAAGUCCGAGUAAGCAGGAAUGGAUCGAAUCCUAUCACAGUCAUGCACGUAGACCACACCUUAAGGUUAUGGGCGUUCGUGGAUAUCUACGGGGCUACGCAGAAAGUGAGGAUGUUGAGUUCGCAGACGGCUCAAACGCCGCCGCAGCAGCUGAGGGUGCUGGCGGGCUCAGCGCAGCCGAUACAGACUAGUGCUGGUGGGACUGUGCUGGUCGUGAGCCUGCCGCCGCAGAACGGUGCUCAGAAUGCGGCCAAUCAGCAGAUGACGUUGGCCAGCGCGCAUUACAUUGAGCCAAUCCAGUCAUCCCAACUGUGCCUGAGCAGCCUCCCCCCCAUGUCGCCGCCGGCGUGCAGCGCCGCGCCUCCCCCCUACCCGCGCCGCGCGGCCGCGCCCGACGCGUGCUCGGCUACGCAGAACAGCUGCAACGAACUCGCCAACAUCCAGCCCGACCGACCCUCCACCUCCCGCCAACCCCUCCACCAACCCCUCCACCAACCCGUCUACUCCGUCAUCGGCGAGGGGCAGAACCUAACCGGCACCGAGUGCACUAUAUGCUACGAGAACCCUAUAGACUCCGUCCUGUACAUGUGCGGACAUAUGUGCAUGUGCUAUAGGUGCGCGGUUCAACAGUGGAGGGGAAAGGGGGGCGGCCAGUGCCCCCUGUGUAGAGCCCAGAUCAAAGAUGUCAUUCGUACGUAUAAGUCUUGAUUUAAUUCUAGUUUUAGGGCGUACGGAGUUGCCAGGUGAAAUUAAAAAAAAAGUUAUGAUCGUUGAUUUGAACUGGCGAUACUGAUUAGUUAUUGUACUUAUUCGGUUUAGAGAUUGCCAAAUACUUGACGUUAUUUAUUUUGACAUUUGCACUUGGCCGUUCGAACUUAUCUUUUGGUGCCUUUUCAAAUGUCAGGGGUAAGUUCGAGCUAUCAAAUUAAGUUAAGGCACUGACACUUAGUUUAGUAUGACGUGACAUUGAUAUGAGCACCUUAUUUCGUCCACAAAAAAAAAUGUACAUUUCUCCAAAAACAUUGAACGUCUUCGAAUUUUGGAGUUCUGUUAUACGCUAUUUGGACUUAUAAUAUAUGACAAAAACUAUUAUAAUAAUGGAAAACCUAAUAUAUAACCUAAAAUAUGUAACUAUUGGUAUAUUAGUUGCUUUGUAAGGUCAAAAUUAUUAUUUGGAAUUGAUAGUAACUGUUUUGUUUUAUGACUUUGGAAAAUGGAUGUGUAAUUAAUACUGGCAGUUUAGAAAAGUAUUUACUGCCAGUAUUUUUUUACUACCAACAGACUUUUUUCAAUAUUGGCAACAUAAAAACUUAACUGUCAGGUUGACAGCACUAAAUGCAGCGUUCCAAUGUGAACUCACUUGCU